AUGAUUCAUGGACCAUGUGGAGUUUUAAAUACAAACUCUCCGUGUAUCACGGAGGGAAGGUGCUCAAAAAAAUUUCCAAAAUUAUUUCAGAGUCACACAUCAACUGGCGAUGAUGGUUACCCCAAAUAUCGGAGACUAUCACCUGAAGAAGGCGGACAAAUUGCUAUAAUUCGAAAUAAUGAUAUUGAUAACAGGUGGGUAGUCCCUUACAACCCACUGUUGCUUAAAAUAUUUGACGCACACAUAAACGUGGAACUGUGUAGCUCUGUAAAAUCAAUAAAAUAUAUUACCAAAUAUAUAAACAAAGGUAGUGAUCAAGCUACAUUUAGUUUAGACAAUCGAAAUGAAGUGGAACAAUUUCAAUCUGGUCGAUACAUAUGUAGUUCUGAAGCGGUUUGGCGUAUUUUAUCUUUUGAUGUACACAAACGAGCGCCUGCUAUUAUUCACUUGGUAGUUCACUUAGAGAAUGGACAAAGGGUUUUUUUUACACAACAUAAUGUCAAUGACAUUGUGAACAAUCCACGUGAUACUACAAUGACUGCUUUUUUCAAAUUAUGUGCUAAAGACGAAUUUGCUAAAACCAUAACAUAUGACAAGGUUCCAAAUUAUUAUACUUGGAAUCAAUCUAUCAAAAAUUUCCAACGACAAAAACGAGGAACCCCCGUCGAAAAUCAUCCUGGGGUAAAAAAAACUGAUACCCUUGGCAGAGUGUAUGUAGUUCAUCCGAAUAACAGUGAAUGUUUUUACUUAAGAAUGUUACUCCACGUGAUCAAAGGUCCAAUUUCUUUUGCAAGUCUACGAACUGUGCAAGGAGUGACGUACGAUACAUUUCAAGAAGCAUGCAAAGCAAUGGGUUUGUUAGAAGAUGAUUUACAAUGGGAAAACACAUUAUCUGAAGCUACUGUAUGUUGUACUUCACCGUCUAUAAGAUAUUUAUUUGCCAUUUUGAUAGUAUUUUGCCAAGUAACAGACCCGAUAAGACUUUGGCAAAAUCAUCGUGCAAGUAUGGCUGAAGACGUAUUGUUUCGAAAACAAAAAGAAUGUCCAUCAGAUGAUAUAAAUUACGAUGAAAAUAUUUUUAAUGAAGCUUUACUUGAGUUGAAUAAAGUGGUGCAAUCAGUUUCUGGCAAAAAUAUCACUGAUUUUGGAUUAAUUCUAUCGAACAAUAUAGAUCUGAAUACCAAUACUGAAUACUUGCGAGAGACGUCCUACGAUAGUGUCCGUCUAUUACAGGUCGUUCAAAAUGAGAGACGUUUAAACUCUGAUCAGAAAACGGUUUAUGACGCAGUAAUGACAUCUAUUAAUAAUUACGAAGGCAAAACAUUUUUCCUUGAUGCCCCUGGAGGUACAGGAAAAACAUUUUUAAUUAACUUAUUGCUCGUCAAAAUAAGAACAGACAGAAAAAUCGCUCUUGCUGUGACUUCAUCUGGAAUUGCAGCUACGCUUUUAGAAGGUGGUCGAACUGCGCAUAGCACUUUCAAGAUCCCGCUAAAAAUGUCCUACGACGACACAUCAAGUGUCUGUAAUAUAUCCAAACAAAGCAACACUGCUCAAUUGAUGCGGGAUAGUGUAUUUAUUGUUUGGGACGAAGCAUCCAUGUCCCACAAAAGCUCGGUUGAGGCAUUGGAUAGAACCUUGCGGGACUUACGUAAUAAAAAUACAUUAAUGGGUGGCUGUACAGUCUUAUUUUCUGGAGAUUUUCGUCAAAUCUUGCCAGUUGUAGUAAGAGGAACGAGAGCUGAUGAAGUCAAUGCAUCAUUAAAGAGAUCUUACAUUUGGCCAGACAUAACUAAAUUGAAACUGAAAACUAAUAUGAGAAUAUUAUCAUCUGACCAAGGAAAUAAAACUUCUGCUGAUGCUUUACUCCAUGUUGGUAAUGGUCAGUCACUGACUAGAAAUGGUAAAAUUGAUCUGUCUGAGCUUUGUUUUUUGAUGUCUAAUUUGAUGGACCUAAUUGAAAAUGUUUACCCAGAUUUACCUAAUAUUUCGACUAAAACGCCAAGUUGGUUUCAAGAAAGAGCAAUAUUGUCACCAACUAACGAUCAAGUCAAUAAAAUAAAUAACAUGAUACUGUUAAAAUUCAACGCACCAACAAAAGUUUACUAUUCCAUUGACACUGUUUUAGAUGCAGAGGAGGCGAUACAUUAUCCAACUGAAUUUUUAAAUUCUUUAUCACCUUCAGGGACCCCACCACACAAAUUAAUUCUAAAAAUAGGGUCUCCUAUAAUUUUACUUCGUAACUUAAGUCCACCUAAAUUAUGCAACGGUACAAGAUUACAAAUAAAGUCUUUAAAAAACUGUCUGCUUGAGUGUAUAAUCCUUACUGGCUGCAGAGCUGGGGAAAUGGUCUUGGUUCCUAGAAUACCAAUGAUACCAACCAAUUUGCCAUUUCAGUUCAAACGGCUCCAAUUUCUUGUGAAAUUAAGCUUUGCAAUGACUAUUAAUAUGGCACAAGGUCAAACAUUAAACGUUGCAGGUUUAGACUUAACCGUCCAGUGUUUUUCCCAUGGUCAAUUGUACGUAGCUCUGUCACGUGUCACAUGCAAACAAAAUCUAUUUGUGAUGGCCCCAGAAGGUGAGACACUUAACGUGGUGUAUCCAGAAAUAUUUAAUAUUUAA